AGUCUUCAUUACGCGAUACAGUCAGGUAAGAGAACGAGCGGUUAGACAUGUACAGAUCGUAAGAAUAAAAUUUCUUAAAUCCGAAACAUCGAUGGAUGAUAAUACGGAUGCGAAAGAAACGAGAGUCGAACGUGAAUUAGAGAGAACAAACGCGUACGUUCUCUCUCUUCUCAGAGACAAACGACGAUUGAACGAGGAUUUGGAGAACGAACGUAAGUUGUCAAGGAAGUUGAAGGAAGAAUGUUAUGAUUUGAGAAAGAGACUCAGAGAAAGGGAGACAGCAGGGAGUGAUUCUACCGCUUGCUCUAAUACUAAUUCCCUCGUUAGCGUAAGCGAUCGAGGCGAAGCGGAAGAUCUCGCAUCGAAAAUCGAAGCUCUUGAGAAUAGUUUGCGCGAAUCACGCGCGCAAAUUAUGUCAUUGGAGGAUCACAAAACAGUGUUGGAGUCAGAAAUCUUGAGAUUAGCAGAAGCACUAGGAAAGGACAAUUCAUGUUCUGAGCUGGAGCUCUACGUAGAGCAGCUAAGUAUAUACGAAAAUGACUUUCAGAAAGAGAGAAGUGACAAAGAAGAGGCACAGAGUAAAGUCUCCGAGCUUUCAGAACAAAUCACGGACUGUCAAGACCUAAUAUCGACACUCACCCGAGAGGUAGACAUGUACAAGAACGCGUUUGAACGAGAGAAAAGGGACAAAGAAGUGGCAAUGAUGCAGGAAAGAGGCGAAACGACAAUGCUUAAUCUACCUUCUUAUUCACAAUCAACAUUGCCGAACUUUCCUGGAAAUUUAAGCGAUCAAGCUCGAGUUGCGUUACCCGUACCCGCGCCGCAUCUGCAAGUUGUUUAUCCUAUUGUAGACUCUGGAAUGCAGCAGCAAAACUCCAGGCGAAAAAGGGAGCUUCAUCGCAGAGGUGUUCUCACUCGAGAUACCCCUGACACAACGGAUUUCUUCUAUGGGAGCUGAUUUUGCGCUGAUACGUGUGAGAAAUAUUUUUCAUUAAUAUUAAACUACUGCAUUCUGUCAACAAUCUGUAGCUUAGGACUUCCUCAUUGCGGACAUGCCUUCCUUUGUGGGAAGGCUUACCGCAGAGGAAAGAAGAGAGCAGGAGAAUAAUAAAUAACCAGGAUAAUCGAAGACACAUUACUGCUAUGUAUUUUUUGGCAGAAAUUGAACAGCUUCGCUGAUGGUAAAAUGCUCCACAGUGAUAACAAUGGAUUUAUAUCGAAAACGAGCCCUGCGCGGAAGCAGGACUUCUGUAAAUGUACAUUUGCAUUAAUAAUCAUCUCAAGUGCACUUUUACGUGAGAUGUAAAAUCACGGAGAAAUAUCUACUUUGUAUGAAAUGAAAUUCAAAAAAUCAGCUUAAAACGAAACAUGUUGCAGAAAAAGUAAUUAUUUGUAAAUCAUGUUUGAAACCAGCUGGCUGUGUAUUAGGGUGCAAUCGGCUUCAGUGUUAUAGUUUUGUACAUACAUAUUAAAAAAAAAAUCGUGCCAUUUACGAAUGGCUUGUUUUAAUGUAACGAACUCAUCGCUCGCAAAGAAAGUCCAAUGCCAGAGUUGACUUUAUAAAAGAUAUUUUUGUUUUUGCGAAUUAGAGUCCUAGCAGUGUAUGUAAACGAGAUUUGAAGAUUCUGAAGGAGGAACUUGAACAGAAGAGCGACUGAUAAGAGUCGCAUACGAGUUCCUGUGGUAUAGAAAACGAUAAAUUUUGGUUUUAACGAUCAUAACAAAAGAGGUACAAGGGUUAACGAAAAAAAGAACAUAACUGAAAAUACGGAUGUUCAAAAUUAUCUUGAAGUAAAUCUAGAAAAGUUUAUUAGGUCAAACAGCUGAGGUUGCCAUGUCAUCGUCGACUUGGGGGCAGGAAGUCGUUGCGUUAGAGUUUCCUGUUUAAAGAAAUUUCCUUUAAAAACCCAACCUUAUAUGGUUGAACUACUUAGGACAACAAUAAAAGGUCAAAAGCAGUUCAUUGAUUAGAACUGCCAGUGACGCUUGGAGGAUCCCUA